AUGUCCGGAGAAGGCUGCGGUCGAGGGGGCAUCGUCGGCGCGCCCCUUGCACCAGGUGUGUCCGAGGACAGGCCGUCCACGGGAGGAGGUCAAGCAACUGAAGCUGACAAGAUCAAAGACCGCUAUGAAGCAACUGGAGCUGACAAGAUCGAAGACCGCUAUGAAGCAACUGGAUCUGACAAGAUCGAAGACCGCUAUGAAGCAACUGGAGAUGACAAGAUCAAAGACCGCUAUGAAGCAACUGGAUCUGACAAGAUCGAAGACCGCUAUGAAGCAACUGGAGCUGACAAGAUCGAAGACCGCUAUGAAGCAACUGGAGCUGACAAGAUUGAAGACCGCUAUGAAGCAACUGGAGCUGACAAGAUUGAAGACUGCUAUGAAGCAACUGGAGCUGACAAGAUUGAAGACCGCUAUGAAGCAACUGGAGCUGGCAAGAUUGAAGACUGCUAUGAAGCAACUGGAGCUGACAAGAUUGAAGACCGCUAUGAAGCAACUGGAGCUGAUAAGAUUGAAGACCGCUAUGAAACAACUGGAGCUGACAAGAUCGAAGACUGCUAUGAAGCAACUGGAGCUGACAAGAUCGAAGACCGCUAUGAAGCAACUGGAGUUGACAAGAUUGAAGACCGCUAUGAAGCAACUGGAGCUAACAAGAUCGAAGACCACUAUGAAGCAACUGGAGCUGACAAGAUGAAGACUGCUGUGAAGCAACUGGAGCUGACAAGAUCGAAGACUGCUAUGAAGCAACUGGAGCUGACAUAA